AUGGGAGCCCGCUGUGGCAGUCGGGUCACCCUGGACCAGGCUGGCUACAUCAGCUGGACCUACGGGAACAACGUGGACUGUUACAUCAACCUCGUAGCGCCGGGGGCAAGCGAUCUUCUGUACCUACAGAUUCUGGAGAACCGGAUCGAGGGCGGGGGAUCGUCCUGCUACGAUCACCUGUACGUGUACGAGGGGAUCCACACGGGAUUCUCCUCCUCCGGGAUCCACGCCGACAUCUGCGGAUCCAGCGGGAUCACGGAGUACACGUCAUCGCUGGAUCACACCCUCACGCUCCGGCUGGUGUCGGACGUCUCCACCCCGGGUUCUUUCACCAUCCUGUACACGGCAUACGCCGACCCGUUCGGCCCUGGCGCGGCCUGUGAGUCCGGGUUCUCCUGUGACGUCACGGACAGGUGCAUCCAUCCCGACCUCAGGUGCGACACUAUGGACAACUGUGGAGACGGCAGCGACGAGCUGUCGUGUUUAACUUCAGGCGACACGUGGGUGUGCAGCGACGGUUCCUCCAUCCCAGCCUCGCUUCUGUGCGACGGAACCCGGGACUGCUCCGACCAUGGGGACGAGAGGACAACGUUCCCAACGUACUGCGCGUCAGUUGAAAUAGCGCCCUCUUGCUACAGCUCGGUGUACCUGCAGCCUGACUCCAGCGGCUACAUCGUCUACAGCAACAACGCGAGUUACAGCGGCACCGUCUGCGCCACCCACCUCUACACCGCCGCCGACUACACCGUCCAACUCGGCCCGUUUGAUCUGACCGACAUGCCGGGCGGCUGUGCGGACUCUAUCCACGUGUGCGACGGGAACGCCAUGUACACGUGUGAAUUCACGACCAGCACUCGCAGCUUCUGUUUAAACGAAUAUCAGGAAGACCGUGUGAGGCGGUUAUCGUCUGAGGUGACUAUCCGCUUGGAGGGAGGCACCGCGGCCGGAGGGAACUUCAAAAUCUUCUACAGACUACAGUAUAUCGGUCCGCAAUCCCUAAGCACAGCCGCCAUUGUGGGGAUCGCCGCGGGAUCAGGGGUCGUCGUCAUGGUGAUGGUGGGCGUGGCCGUGUACUGUUGCUAUAGCAACAACAACAGGUCUCCGUCAACUCCGAGAGUCGGUGUAGAGGGGACCCCCCGUGAACACAUCCCCAUGCAGGCGUACCCGCAACUGUACCCUGCGUCAUCAUCCCUGCCGUACACGUCAGAGCUCUCUGCGCACACGUCAUCAUCCCUGCCGUACGCGGAUCUUCCGUACACCUUGCACCCUCCCCCCGCGUACUCGGCUGAUCCGAGUUCCGCGCCUCCUCCCUACAUGGCGCCGAAGGAGCCGCACAGACGCCUGGUCCAACACCAACCCGACACAGGUCACCAGGGGCUGCCUUAUCCGGACUGAACAACUGGACAUAAAACACCGAAAAAUAACCCAACAUACUUAUCUAUAAGAGUAGGGGAAACAUGGUGUGCUUAGCCAAAGUCUAGUAGCCAGGUGUCCAAACUACCGAGUCUCUUUCGUCCUCUCCACAGUUAAAACAGGUCUUGGCACCAGGCUUGAAUUC